AUGGAGCCCAGCACGCCCGCUUACCCCAUGGCCUCCCUCUACGUGGGAGAUCUGCGCCAGGACGUUACAGAGGUCACGCUUUACGAGAAAUUCAGUCCGGUCGGACCGAUCGUCUCCAUCCGCGUGUGCAGGGACAUGACCACCCGCCGGUCCCUCGGUUACGCCUACGUCAACUUCCGGCAGCCCGCUGAUGCCGAGCGUGCUUUGGACACCAUGAACUUCGACGUGCUCAAAGGCAGGCCCCUCCGGAUCAUGUGGUCUCAACGUGACCCCUCGCUGAGGAAGAGUGGGGUGGGCAACGUCUUCGUCAAGAACCUUGACAAGUCCAUUGACAACAAGGCGCUGUAUGACGCCUUCUCGGCUUUUGGAGACAUCCUUUCUUGCAAGGUGGUUUGUGAUGAAGACGGCUCCAAGGGCUACGGGUUUGUGCACUUUGAGACCCGUGAGGCGGCGGAGCGGGCCACUGGGGAACUGAAUGGCAUGUUACUCAAUGACAGAAAAGUGUUUGUCGGGCGCUUCAAGUCCAGGAAAGAGAGAGAAGCUGAGCUCGUCGCCCGUGCCAGAGAGUACACAAACGUGUACAUUAAGAACUUGGGGAAGGACAUGGAUGAUGAGAAGCUGAAAGACAUGUUUGGGAAAUACGGACCUGUCCUCAGUGUACGUGUCAUGACAGAUGACCGUGGCAAAUCAAAGGGAUUUGGCUUUGUCAACUUUGAGAGACACGAGGAUGCGCAAAAGGCCGUGGAUGACAUGAACGGCAAAGAGCUAGAUGGCAGGCAGGUUUAUGUGGGCCGUGCUCAAAAGAAGGGAGAGCGCCAGAAUGAGCUCAUGCGCAAGUUUGAGCAAAUGAAGCAGGUUCGCGCGACUAGAUACCAAGGGGUUAAUUUGUAUGUGAAAAACCUGGAUGAUGACUUGGACGAUGAGCGUCUCCGCAAAGAAUUUUCCCCCUUUGGAACCAUAAUAAGUGCCAAGGUGAUGACGGAGGGCGGUCGCAGCAGAGGCUUUGGCUUUGUCUGCUUCUCCUCCCCUGAAGAGGCCACCAAGGCUGUGACAGAGAUGAAUGGCCGCAUCGUCGCUGCCAAACCACUGUUUGUGACCUUAGCCCAGCACAAGAAGGAACGUCAGGCCCACUUCACCAACCAGCACAUGCAGAGGAUGGCCACUGCCCGAGCCGUACCCAACCCUGUGAUCAAUCCCUACCAGCCCGCCCCGCCUUCUGGCUACUUCAUGGCUGCUGUUCCUCAGGCUCAGAACCGUGCUGCUCAGCCAACCAGUAAAACUGCUGUGGCCCGGACCCGUCCC